CCAAUUCCCACACACGCUUCUUUCUCUCCAAAUAGAUGCCCACCACAACUUCACUCACGUCACGCCUCGCCUUGCCUUGCCUGCCUCACAUCGCUCAACGCGACCCGUCGCAGUCUUUCGCCCUCACUCAUCGAAUCUCUUCACCUCGGUUACAAGCGCCCACUCGAGCCCCUCAGAUCGGUAACUAGAUAACCGACUCCCUCCGCUUCUCCAACAGGACAAAAAAGGGUUUGCCGCAUGAUCGUAGGCUGGAUUCGCCCUCUAUGGAUCGACACGGCUCGCCAGGCCUCGGCCCGCGCAAUGAUGCCGCAUCUCGCGUGCAGAAGCCCGAUUCGGCUGCCGACAAAGCAGCUAAGCUGGCUGCCCUGAAGGCGCGCGUGUCGGCGGCCAUAGGGACUACCAAGGCGAAGGGCGGGCUCAACGUCGGCCUUCAUCCCGCGUUGGAAGACAUCGGCCAAUGGAAGCCCGGCAACAAGGCCAACGACUCGAAAGCGAACGCAGGCUCUCUCGGCUCGCGGCAGCGCAACGGCGGUAACAAGGGCCACACAAAGCACAAGCCCCUCGACUUGUCCGGCCCUUCGCAAGACGAAAUUAAGAAUAACCCCUACUACGACGCGAGCCUAAGUGCUCCCAACGCGAAACCGCGGCAGUCUCGGCACCUCAUAUUCAACCAGAAAGGCAAAUAUAUCCAACAAGCCAACGCGUUGCGGAGGCAGGCCGCGCUCGAGGCCCUGAAGAAGAAGAUUGCCGCGGGGACGAGGAAGGUUGGGAUAGACGAGGACAAGGAUGUCGAGAAGAACUUCGUGGUCGAUGACCCGCCGGAUAUCGAGUGGUGGGACGAAGGCUUGGUAGACGGCAAAAACUAUGACGAUAUCGAAAAUCCCAGCAUCCUAAAAAUCGAUACCGAAGACAGCAUAAUAACUAGAUACAUUCAGCACCCCGUCGCCAUCGAACCCCCCCAGGAUCGCAACGUGCCCCCGCCGAAACCCAUGUAUCUCACCUCUAACGAGCAAGCGAAACUACGUCGACAGCGCCGGAUGGCCGACCUCAAGGAAGAGCAAGCCAAGGUCCGCCUCGGGCUCGUCCCGGCGCCACCGCCCAAGGUCAAGAAAGGCAACUUGAUGCGCGUGCUCGGCGAGGAGGCCGUCAAAGAUCCGACGGCCGUAGAGGCGCGCGUGAACCGCGAGAUCGCCGAGCGGCACACGAAGCAUCUGCAGACCAACGAGGAGAGGAAGUUGACCAAGGAGCAGAAGCACGAGAAGCUGGCCACGAACCAGGAGAAGGACGCGGCCAAGGGGCUGCACAUGCUGGUCUUCAAGAUCAACACCCUGGCCAACGGGCAGCACCGCUACAAGAUCAACAUCAAUGCGGACCAGCUCGCGCUCACGGGGCUUGUCAUCAUGCACCCGAAGCAGAACCUCAUCAUCGUCGAAGGGGGCGAGUGGUCGACGAAGCACUACAAGAAGCUGAUGCUGAAUCGCAUCAACUGGACCGAGAACCUGCCGUCACGUGAUAAGGACGCGCAGAACGAGACGCUGAAGCAAUGGCUUAGGGCCGAGACCGAGGACGGCGACCUCAAGGACCUCGCUGAGAACCGGUGCCAGCUCAUCUUCGAGGGCGAGAUCAAGUCGCGCGCCUUCCGCAAGUGGGGAUCCAAGGUCUGCGAGACGGACAGCGAGGCCCGCGAGGUGCUCUCCAAGGCUAAACUCGAGAACUUUUGGAACCUCGCCAAGUCUACCGCAGCUAGUGCCACUGCUACCGCUGCUUACUAGGUAGCUAGGCGCCUCGUGUGCGUCCACUGACCACCAGUACCUCUUGAAAUGUCGAUAGUCGCACGGUCGAGACCGGGCAGUAUGUAAUAUGAAGAUGAUUCUUAAUGACUAGCAUUCGACGGGGCAACUAUUUUCUAGCCGUGGGACCCGACUAUCGC